CAUUCCUACAGCUUUUGAAAUAGACACGUUAAAUGAAAUGCUUGAUAACAUGACAUUUGAAAAUGUUAUGGUCAAGCUGGAGGGUGUGUUUAUGCUUAAAGCAAACCACCCAAAUGAGGAAAUUGAGUUAUCCCUGCAUGAAAAUUAUAUUUCACUAAAAACUCAGACGAGUGUUGAGUACAAAGCAGCUAAAACAUUUGUUACCAAAGAGGAGUUGAAAGCGCUAGAAGUAUGGCUGGACAAAUGUAAGAAACAGGGUGUGAAAGCUGUGCUGCCGAGUACUGUAAAGAAACAGGAAAUAGUUGAUCCUGUAGAGGAACAAUGGUUGGCUACGAGAAUCAGCAACGACAGAACGAAUGACGACAGUAGUGGUGACGACGGAAAGAGUGACGAGAGAAUCAGUAACGACAGAACGAAUGACGACAGUAGUGGUGACGACGGAAAGAGUGACGAGGGAACUAGAUAUGACGGAACUAGUUAUAAGAGGAGUGUCAACACAACGAGAGCUAUGAUUCAUAAUGUAGAAGGAGAUAAUAUAACUCAGUUGGCCACUGAGACAAAAGGUAAAGGUCUACCUAAAAUAAUUGAGACAAAACCGGUAAAAAUAUCUCUAAAGAAAUUUAACGUUCCUAAACUAUUGAAUAAAUCUGACAAUAAAAAUUGUUUAGAUGACACAAAUACAGAAACUAAACAAAAGACUGACGAAAAGGCGACUGCCUGGAUACCUUGCUUCAAUGCCAUGGACAAUAUGCUGUUGCAGCAGUCCAAAAUGUUGGCUAGCUUAACUGAAACUAUGAAAAGCAUGGAGAAAAGGCAAUCAGAAAUUAUGGAAGAGUUAUGUCGUAACCGACAAAAUAUGAGUGAUCUGGGUAAACAAGUAGAGAAAAUCGAGUGUAAUAUAAAACAGGCAGAGGCAAAUCGAAAUCAGACAAAAUCAGGAGAGACCAGAGCAGCAAUGACAGUUAAGAAAGGUACGAGUGCGAGAUGUUAUGAGUGCUCUGAUUUUGGUCAUAUCAGUUAUGAUUGCCCCCGAAAAGGAACAGGUGUUGUGAAAUGUUACGAGUGUAAUAAGUUCACAAACCAUAAGGCUGACGAGUGUCCUCAAAGACAGGAAAGACUAAAGAAGCAAGGAUCUACGAGUGGUCGAGUUUAUAAAGAGGUAAUGGCAGGUAUAAUUACAAUAAAAACUUACAAAAAUCUGGACAGAUUAACGACAGACGACAGACAUUGA